AAAAAAGAAUAAAGAAAACGUGUUUUUUUGCGUUUCAUUAACCUAUACGUUGAGCUCAAGUGACUGAUAAAUAAUCGUAUUCUGUGGUUCUGAAUUUUCUGGUAGUUCAGGCAAAUGGAACGUAUGAAAAAUUUCAAAUCUUACGAUUGGACUUCGAAUCUGUCGGCAAUGUAUAGGAAUCAUAGCCAUGCAGAUAUUACUUUAAUCUGCGAGGGUGAAAAAAUCUUGGUUCACCGCUCCGUCCUUGCUUCGCUUAGUCCGCUAUUUAGUCAGCUAUUAAUGGGUUGUGACUCUUCCGUUGAACAAGUAAUUUUUCUUGAAGGUUUUAGAUAUGCUGUUAUGGUUUGCUUAGUCAAUUUCCUUUACAAUGGGAUUGCUGAGGGUUCAUCAGAUGACUUAGUGACAGUUUCAAAGUAUGCUAAAGAACUGCAAGUGAAAGGCCUAGUAAAUUCAGGCCCCAGUACCCAGCCGUUUCAAUUGGAACUAUUAGAAAAAAGGAAGGUGGAGGAACAACUUCAGAAGCUACAAUCUGAUGAUUCUGAUUCUGAUUCAAGCUCAGAGGAGGAUGAAGACCUUCAGAUUGUCUUUGAAAAGAAUAUCCAAGAAUCAUUCCCUGUAAAGAAAAGUGAAACAGCUGAAACUAGUGACAAAAACUACCCUUCAGAACCUGUCUCUAAAAGAAAAAGAAGUAUCUCACAAAGCUGUGCAACUGCACGUAUUGAAAAAAAGAAAGUUUUGGCACCAAUCCUAGGUGCAACUGAAAUAUCUUCAAAGUCAACUCUACCGAAUAAAGUUAUCAAAUGCUCUAUUUGUAGAGAAAUAUUUGUGACCAAAGCCGAUCUUAAAAUCCAUCUUGGAAAUCAGCAUUCAGAACAGCUUACAUGCGGCAUUUGCUCAAUAUUAUUUUCAUCGCGAGUUACUUUAAAAAGACAUUUAAAGAAACAUAUAUCAUCACUGAAUGGACUUCUUGGGUCGCUAAGUACCGCCCACUGCCCAGCGUGAUAUAAUUUAAAUGUCGAAUCAUUUCUCUC